AUGAGUAAAACGCAAGGCACUCAAUUUAUUCCAAUUGAGCAAAGACCUCUGAAAGACUUCGAAGUAGAAGACGACGAAGAUAAACCACCAGCAUCGAAGUCUCAGGAAUGA